GCAGAAUACCCGCCAGUUAGCCGGAGAGCGCGAGGAUCGAGGCGACGGCGGCAGCCUACUAAUUGCACGGGCAGCCUAACUAAUUGCACGGGCAGCCGGGCAGCAUAUCUCCAGCCAUGCCAAAGAAGAAGAGCCGCAAUCGGCGGCCCAACAAAUCCACAGCGUCGACAGCGUCGACGGCGGAUGGCAAGCUCAGCGUGGGGUGGCUCGAGGACAGCUGCGGCUUCGAGGUCAAGCGCAAGUACAAGCAGGGCGACGCCCUCGUGCAGAAGGCGCUCCGGCAUCACGUCGGCUGCAUUGUCUGCGGGUCCAACGAGGCCGUGUUCCAAUAUCGCGCGUGCGGGCGCUGCCGCACGCGGAGCUACUGCUCGCAGCGGUGCCAGAAGACGGACUGGCACAACUUCGGUCACAAGCAGGAAUGUGGCAUGCGGAAGAAGAUGAUCGAAGCGGGCCAGCUCCCCAAGGUAAAACGCCUCCAGGGGGAAGACCGCAGCAGCCUGAGGACGGACGUCGCGCGGGCGAUCUGCGAGGACGCGGAGGCGUCCAAGGUCAGCGGCAACGCGGGGCUCAAGGAGGGCCGCCACAAUGACGCGCUCGGGGAUUACAACUGGGGGCUGCGGGCGGGCAUCGCCUCGUUCCGCCGCGCGGCCGCCGACGGCGAUUCGGAGCUCGAGCGGCGCGCGCGCCGGGUCACCGCUAUCCUGGCCGUGAACAUGUCGAUUCUGCUCCGGCGGGUCGCGGAGGCGGCGCUCACCGGGAAACCGCCGCCGCAGCCUGUCGAGGGCGUCGGGGGCAGGGACUACGCGGACAUCGCGCUGGGUCUCUCCCUCUCGAUGGCGCGCGAAUCGCGGGAGUUUGACGACACGUACGCUCUCAAGUCGCUGGAGGCGGAGUGGCGCGCGAGCAAGACCAUCGCGGCGCAUUUCGAGGAGGCCGACCGUGAGCGCUACAGCGCGGAGGGACGGGCUCUGAGCGUGAUGCCGCAGCUGGCGGCGGAGAGGGCCGAGUACUUCAAGGCGUUGCUCGCGAACCUUCGCCUGAGUGCGAAGAACCAGGGCCCGGGGAGCGAAUGCGUCGGCCUCCUCACGUGCGAGUUCAUGUCCGUGUCGUCCUACUAUAGGCUGGAAGCGGAGCGGUUCGACACGGUACUCGCGCGGGGCGAGGCGUCGCCGUUCUGGACCGAGAAGCCGCCCCCGGCAUCGGACGGCCUCGUCGACGGCUUUGGCGUCGCCACGGUCGUCGCGUCGCUCGUGCCUAUUCGCGACGGCCAGUGGAUCGCAAUAUCGCUCAACGACAUCCAGGGGCGGGACAUUGCCAUGUCGAUCCGUUGUCGUUGCUGCGACAAGCACGGCGACUGCGACGAAAUCUCGUCCGACCCGAAAAGGGGCGAGACAUGGCUAGAGGGUCAAUUCGGGAUAGGGCAGACGCGGUCAAUCUCGCACGCCGGCUCCGACAAAGCCCACCGGAACGCGGCUGUGUUCCUUGCUGAAUUCUUCAAAGACGUCCGCGCAAAGGGCAUCGAGCUGUUGAAUCUGGUUUUGGGAGCCGGGCUCUUCGAUAUCCAUCCCGAGCGGCCUGGGAACGAAGAAUUCGCUGCCGCGCUGCCGCCCAUGAUGGAAGUCCACUACGCGAUCAACCAUGUCAUGGCGGACGCUCGGCUCGGCGCCGCGGAGGCACUGGAAGGGAUGUCUCGACUGAAGUUAGAUUUUUAG